GCGGGGCGGCGCGGCCAUGGCGGCGGCUCGGCUCUGCACUGUUAGGACUGCAGUCUGCACAGCAGCAGCUUUCGGGAGAUCUCUACAGAAGGAGCUCUGGACGAGGUCGUGGAGAAGGGAAGCUGCUCGCCUGCCCUGCAUUUUUGGUUCGUGGGAAUGUUUGCAGUCACAAACCCAGCGAGUUCAUGGUGUCAGGAAUUAUCUCAGGAGACCACGAGAGCCGUCUGUGUGUCUGUCCCACUUGGCCCCUGCUGCAGUGGUCCAGCAGAAAGCUGUGGAUGGGAGGACAGAAGAGUUCAAACUGGUCUACAGGUUCCCAGGGAUAAAGUACUGCAGGGUCCUGUCGAGGCUGAAGCUGCUGCAGACUGCCACCUCCAUGGUCAUGCUGCCUCCCAUCUGCUACCUCUACCUGCAGGGCCAGGUGUCCCAGAAUAUCCUCCUCUAUACAACUGGCAUCGCUGUCUUUGCUGGGGCAAUGUUGUAUGGUAUGAGCUACUUUUUCAGAAGGAUUAUUGGAUUCAUCUACUUAAGUGAAACUGGACAAACUGUCAGAGUGGCCCACUUGACAUUUUGGGGAAGACGUAAUGAUAUUUACUGUCCCAUAGAGACAGUGGUGACUUUGGAUGAAGUUGGAGAUAGCAAGGAUGAGCUACUCCACCAGUUCAAGCGGUAUAACAGUACAGAUACUUUGUAUUUUACAAUUAAGUAUGGCCAGAUUGUAGACAGACAGAAAUUUACUCAAAUAUUUGGAGAAUUUGUGUGACACAGCAGCAUUUCCAAUGACUUUCCGUGUUCUUUGUGCUUAUUGUUCCAUGAGGUUUAAGUAGUUUACCAAACUAGACAUCCCUGUCCUUUUCCUGUGCAAAGCCUGCUGUAAGUGCACCCAGUGUAGAGAGUCACAGUGGUAAGGCACAGCCACUGGAUUAAAGGUCUUGCAGCUUGUGUGUGGUGUGAGGAGUGCCUGUUCCAUGUGGGAUUCAGUAAUGUCACAGCAUUCCAAGUCUGAACUGUCCUUGGAAUGUGCCAUAGGAGGCCAAAUUACUGGGGCUGACCCUGGCUGUUUGUUUCUGUUGGCCUCUUUGGUUUUUAUGAAACAUGAAAAAUCUCUUGAAAUGAAAUGCAGGAACUGCCAGAGCAUCCUCAGUUCAAACUCAGUGUUUCUUUCAGCUAAUUUCAGGUUGGCUGGGAGCCUCUGGAAAUUAAAGCUGGUCUGGUACAUCCAUAUGAUGGGUACUGCUCACAUAUCAGUGCAAUUGAGGGAACUGGGAAGGUGUGUGGGCUGUCCUGGCCUCAGGAGGGUCCUCCAGGAUGGGAGUGAAACUGGGCAAAAGAGACACUGGCAGCUCAGCUGUUAAGUUAAAGGCUGGGACAAUAUUUCAGGAGUCUCUUACAGAAAUUGCCAUUCUUCAUUGGAAUGGGAAAACCAGCACCUGUCUCCAUGAAGGACUGUGGUCUUAUUCCAUGGUACUGGUAUGAUUUCUCCUUUUCCAAAACCUUGGUAGAAAUGAGGAAUUUAAACCCGAGAAAGAACCAAACAUAUCAUCUAUAACAUAUAAUACAUUUUUUGAAUUGUCAGAAGCAAGAUAAAUCCUUAUACCCCUCUUCUAGUUCUAGCUUCAUUUGAAACUGGCAAAUAAACUGACUCUCAC